UCCCAAAAAUAAAGGAGUUGCGUGGUGGCUGGAGCCGCGAGGAGAAUAUCGGGACCACGGACGUUCAACUGCAUAAAUCCAGGCGGAAGGGAACCCGUGCUUUUCUUGCUUUAAAAUUUCCGGCCCUGGUUUUACGCGGUCGACGUUAGUUGCAAACGCGCAGCUGGAGCAACAACAACACAAAGUCUUGAGACUGGCAGGCACAGCACACAAUCAGCGAAAUCAACGGACUAGCAGCUAAUACACUGCCAUCUCAGAACACAACGUUAUUUAAUCAACUCUUGGCUGUUCGUUCUUUCGGUUAAGUGCGUGAGAGUGUCUCUAUAGCUGCAAUCAUGAGCAAGCAACUGGCGCGCCAUGUUGGCCAAAUCAACAAAUUCCUGACCGCACCAUCGGCAAAUGCUGCAUCCACCCACAACACCUACUUCACCUAUGUUCGUGAGCUGUCGCAUCCGAUUGCCCGUGACCCGCCAAUUGUGCCUGUCGAGGAGGCUGUCUCCUGCAUCAAGUCUGGGGAUACGGUGUUUGCGCAGGGGGCUGCCGCAACGCCUGUCGCUCUCCUGAAUGCCAUGGCUCUGCAUGGAAAGUGCAACCAGCUGAAGGAUGUCACCGUUUGCCACAUGCAUACGGAGGGUCCAGGAGAGUACUGCAAGCCCGAGUACAAGGACAUUUUCCGCUCGAACUCGCUGUUCAUGGGCGCCAACGUGCGCAAAGCUGUGGCCGAGGGACGGGGCGACAAUGUGCCCAUCUUCCUUCAUGAAAUUCCUCUGCUGUUCUACAAGAAGAUUAUCAAGCCUGAUGUGUCCUUGAUCCACGUGUCGCCGCCAGACAACCAUGGCUACUGCUCGCUCGGCACCAGCGUCGACUGCGUUCGCGCCGCUCUGCUCAACUCAAAGAUCAUUGUUGCUCAAAUAAACCCCAAAAUGCCGCGUACUUUCGGUGAUGCCAUCAUCCACAAAUCGCACUUUGACUUUGCUGUCGAGGUGAACGAAAGCCUGCCGCAGCAUGGCACUGGAAAGAUCUCCGCUGUGGAGCAGAAGAUUGGCAAACUGAUUGCCGAGAAUCUGGUGAAGGAUGGAGCCACCCUGCAGAUGGGCAUUGGCAGCAUUCCCGACGCUGUUUUGGCUGCCCUGCACAACCACAAAGACCUGGGCAUCCACUCCGAGAUGUUCGCCAACGGAGUGGUCGAGCUGGUCAAGAAGGGCUGUGUGACCAACAGCAAGAAGAAGAUGCACCAGGGAAGGAUUGUGGGUUCCUUCCUCAUUGGAGAUCAGCCCCUGUACGACUUUGUCAACGACAAUCCCUUCAUUGAAAUGUAUGGCAUCGACUAUGUGAACAACACCAGCAUCGUGAAGCAGCAGCCCCGCAUGACGGCCAUCAACAGCUGCAUUGAGGUGGAUCUGACUGGUCAGGUCUGCUCCGACUCCAUUGGCACGCGCUUCUUCUCUGGCUUCGGCGGACAGGUGGACUUUAUCCGCGGUGCCGCCGAGGGUCUGGAUGGCCUGGGUGUGCCAAUCAUCGCCAUGCCCUCGACCACCAAGAAUGGCGAGAGCAAAAUUGUGCCCACGCUGAAGCCAGGCGCUGGCGUCGUUACUUCAAGGGCCCACGUCCACUACGUUGUCACGGAGCAUGGCAUUGCGUCGCUGUUUGGCAAGAAUGUGCGCCAGCGCAUGUACGAACUGAUCCAGAUAUCCGACCCCAAGCACCGUGAGACCCUGGAGAAGAACUGCUUUGAGCGCAUCAAGGUGAUGCCGUCGCCAAACUAAAUCCAAACGAAAAUCUACAUCUAAAUCCAAAUCGUCGAUGAAUAGAAACAAUUUCAGUGUGGCCUGAAUCAGAAAUCCGUAAACGCAUUCCCGAAAUUGUUUGAGUUUGAGAGCUACACGAGGAUACGAUCAAAUCAGCUUAAGCUUAAGAUCCUUCUUUAGCAUUACCAAAUUGAGAUGGCAAAAUAAAACGAAUUCAUGUGAGAAA